CAAAUCAGAAGCGGAUCGGUACCAGGGACCCCUGAGUGGCUGUCCGGAUUCCUGGCGCUACCACGGCUUCUCGUCCACUCGAGCCCACUACUGACCCGGGGUGGCUAAUGGCUGCGGCCUCAACUAUCCUCGUCCCGGUGCUCAGACGUCAAACGGCGGCCACACGGAAGUGGAGGGAAGUAUUUUCUAGUGGGACCGGCAUGGUCUUCCGGCAGCGGCCUGUCGUACGGCCGGAGCCAGGGAACGGGUUGGCAAAGGGGACGCUGGCUAGUCGUGUAUCCGCUGCCGCGGCUGGUGGCAGGCAGAGGGUCGCCGGCUCGGGCCGGAAUGGUGCAUGAGCGUCUGGUGCGUUCUGCGGCGGGGGGAAGACGAGGAGUCACUAUACUUCAGAAGUGCAUUAUUGGCUGUAAAGUGAUUUGGAACAUUGUGGGAAGUGCUACAUAAAGAUUUAAGGAAGUGUUUUAGCCAUGCUGACUUUAGCAAAAAAGCUGAAACGAGAAGAUGGUAUGAAAGGGAGAAGCAACACAAACACAGGGACUGAAUCAUCUCGACGUGUAUCCAUUAGAGAUAAGCUGCUCAUCAAAGAAGUUGCAGAACUUGAAGCAAACCUACCCAGCACAUGCAAACUGGACUUUCCUGAUGCAAACAAACUUCAUUCCUUCCAGCUGAAUGUCAUGCCAGAUGAAGGGUAUUACCAGGGUGGCAAGUUCCAGUUUGAAACGGAUGUUCCAGAAGCCUACAAUAUGGUGCCUCCCAAGGUAAAAUGUUUAACCAGAAUUUGGCACCCCAAUAUUACUGAGACUGGAGAAAUUUGUUUAAGCUUGCUGAGGGAACACUCGAUUGAUGGCACUGGGUGGGCGCCAACAAGAACCUUAAAGGAUGUGGUCUGGGGAUUGAAUUCUUUAUUUACUGAUCUCUUGAACUUUGAUGAUCCCCUGAAUAUCGAAGCUGCAGAGCAACACCUGCGUGACAAGGAGGACUUUCGGAGUAAAGUGCAGGAUUAUAUUAGACGCUUUGCAAGAUGAUCAUAUGAGCUGUCUGAUGGGACACUACUCCAAGCUGUGGAAGCCAAGUCUUCUGCCUUCUGAUGUUGAUCGUCAAUUAAACACUGGAUUGUGACGGUCCAGUAUCACUGUUGUUAUGAAGAGAAGCUGUUGGUGCUACUUUGAAUUCAGCGUCAGUACAGCAAGUGAUGGGCAACUUUGGGCUAAGAUUCAAGAAUAAUUACUCUUAUUGUGGCAAAAUAGUUGGGUUUUCUUCAAUUAUAAGGACUGUACAGAGCACCUGGAGUCUGUCUCUUUACUGAUUGAGUCACAAAAUACAUUUUUUCUAGUGUAAUAUGGGUGUUGUUUGGAAACCACAAUAUCUUGCAACAAAAGGUCUUAAGACAUGUGUUUGAAGCAUUAACAGCAUGCGGCUUGCAAAUAUUAAACAACUGUGGAAAAUGCAGAGAGUAGCACUUGAGCCAAUGUCUCUGUCAUCGGGAGGGGGCAUUGUCUUAAAAUGGACGCAACUCUUGAUCCCACAGCUCCGCUUGGUCAAUUAAAGUAUGUCUGGUGAAGAUGUUAAUUGUUUGAGAAUUGUAAUUCCCUACCUAAAAUUCAGGUUUGUUUUGUGAUAUAUAUAGCGCACCUAUAAGUACAUAUCUUGCCAGAUGUGAAAAUGUUGUGUACUUGCAUGUAUGCAUAUAUAUUACCAAGUGUUUAUUAUAUAAUUUAUAUGUGAUUUCACAGUGCCAUUGAUGUUAUUCCACCUCCCUCUGUAAUCCCCUUACCCACAGCUCUAUGUUACUCAUCGUGUCCCUUGCUAUAGCUCCCUCACAUUAAGCAGUCCCCUCACAACUCAGCACCCUGCAUUACAAACCAUAUCUCUCUUGAUGAUCAUGCACCAUUAUACUGUCAUUUAGUACCGUGUCAUUUAAUGGUGGGGGAGGAAUUUCCAACAUAUUUGGAAUAUAAGAAUGUUGAUGGAUUUUGUGAAAGGAUCCUGAUCAGCCAAUGUCCUGGGGUGUAGAAUAGGAGGAUUGACUUCAAUGGGCCAAGUGACUGAACUGCAUUCUAUACUGCUGGUAAGUGCCUUAAAUAUUGUGCGAAAAAACUUGUAGCCGAAGGCUGUGAAAUUACUUCCAUGUUCAAAGCCAUUUUUACUUUUGAGGGAUGUGUGAAAGACGUAAGGUGUUACUGAGUUUGCAUUUAGAUCAGGAUAGCAUAUAAGCACGCAAACCACUUCACUAGGGUUGAGUGGCCCAAUUGUGAAGGUGUUUAUGCAUGUAAUUUUCUAAAUUUAGGUACAGGAACAAAUCUGAUACUGGGUGCUGAUGUUGUUUUGGCAUCUGGAAACCAGCAAGUGACUGCUAAUGUAAAAAGUAAUUCAAUCUAGGCAGGCUGCAGAUGGUUUAUGUAAAUGAAAUUUAAAUGCUGCUAAUUUGAUACCAUUGCACUGUUAAAUUUUAAUCAGUUAAUACUACUCAGGUUUUUGUUUAAAAUAUAUAUUAUCCAGUCAAAUAAUGAACACAUUAUGCAUUGAAGUUUUUAUUAUUUAUUGAACAGCAAUAGACAAUAAUACUCCAAUGUUAUCUGAAAAACAGUUUUUACUGUACAACAACUGCCUGACAAAACUGUAAAGAGAAAGGUUGUGUUAUAUUGGCGUAAAAGUGUGUUUAGCAUCAUCACAGAGGCUUCUAAGUUAUUCUGCUCUCCAUUUUAUUUGAAUAAUUUAGAGACACUGGAGAAGGUUCAGAAAAGAUUCCCAAGAACAAUACUAGAACUGAGGUCUCGUGCCAACUAGGAAGGUUUGACCUUUGAUUUUGUCUCUCUUGAAAAGAGUAGGGUGAAGACAAUUUGAUAGAGAUCUUUGGAGAUGAUUAAAGAGUUACAGGGAUGAUGUAGAAACGAAAGUAAUGAACACAAGAAAGUGGUGAAUAAAGUCAUUAAGGAAAUGACGAGUAACUUUUUUAUCCAAGGGGAAUCUAACUCAUUACUGGAAGCGGUUAAGUUGUAUUGGUGGUCGGUUCUUUUGAUAGAGGGACACUUAUCGGAAAAGCUGUUUAUAAAUUAUGCAAAAUGACCUGUUGUUAAGUAUUUGAUGUGACCUCUAUGCAUAUGGACUUUGCAGCAAUAUGAACAUCAUCCUCUGCUUUAUACAACAAUAAUAGACAUAUAAAGAUACAGUACUAGGCUAAAAUAUCUGGUUAUACAUCUCGUAUAUUUUGUGAAAUAUGGACUGAUAUCGUGCGCAUGUGUGAUGAAGUAUGUACAAACAAAGAUGUAUGUAGCAGUGCAUUACAAACUAAUGACCCAGAGUUCCAGUUUCAUUAUGACAAUUUUGAUCAUAUAUUGAUGUAUAUAUCAAUAUACAAUUGAUAUUGUAUAUCAAUUUUGAUGACAAAAUCAAAGGCCAAUGUUGCUGGCGCCCAACUGCUUUCUGACUUGGUCAUUAAAUGAAAAUAUUACAAUAAAAGAAUAAAAA